AUGGGGGACAGCGACGACGAGUACUUCUUCAAGAACUUUAUCGACACGUCGUCAGACGAGGAGUCCGACGAUGACUUUUUCACGGAGGCUGCGCUGAUCAUCCACGAGCACAAUGUCUCGCAGAUCCCCGUGUUUCGGGGGUCCUUGCCGGGGCGCACGGCCGCCUUGGACCGCAAAAGAGAAUGUGGCCACGACCAGCUCUUCCACGACUACUUCUACCACAAGACAUUGUUCAUGCCGGCCAUGUUUCGCCAUCGUUUUCGGAUGUCCAGACCGUUGUUCACCCAGAUAAUGGAUGGCAUCAAGGUCCACGACAACUACUUGUGCGCCAAAGUGGAUGCAAUUGAUGAGUACACGUGCAUGAGUGAGUCGACCUGCUUGGAAGCGAUGUACAGGUUCUACAGAGCAGUGAUCGGUGCGUUCGGAGAACAAUAUCUUCGGCAACCUAAUGCACACGACACAACUCGUCUGUUAUCAAUCAACGCUUCCAGGGGGUUUCCUAGGAUGCUUGGCAGCAUAGACUGCGUGCACUGGGAGUGA